AUGAGCGUCAAGCCUGAUGCAGCAUGUGUAAUAACAGGCGUUGCACAGAUCAAUCGGAACGACGUGUACGAUUGGGAACAGCAUGCCCGUCCAUCAGACUUGUGUGAAGUGGAAAGAUGUAAUCAUGAGCCGUUGUUCAGAGUUGGAAUUGUUGUGAAAUGGCCAUCGGUCGGUCUUCGUACUUCACUGGAUCGGCAGCAUCUAAUGGCAGCGCCUUCCAGUCCUGAAAAUCCUGUGCCAGAGAAUAAAGUAAUCGAUGGAGACCGUAUAGACAGAGGUGUCGGUAUUGCAAAAGUACCAGAAGAUGGAUUUUUGUCCGAGUUAUACGAGCAGAUUUCUUCACUUUGUAAUGCUCGUGUACCCGACCGAGAAGUAAAGGUGGAAGAUGAGGCACCGGAGGCCAUGCCUAUCUUCUGGAUUAGCAAAUGGGUGGACUGCUCCGAUAAAUAUGGGAUUGGUUACCAACUUUCUGAUAACUCGGUAAUUCCAUAUUUGCCAGAUCGAACACGCUAUUUAUUAUCUUUUCCGGGGACUAACGUAGUCACUACCACACCAUGCUAG